GUACUAGGAAAGAGGAAGUGAAGUCAUCGAAAAAACCACAGCGAGAGGCACGCCAUUUUAAAGGAGUCGUAACCGUAUAGCUACGUAGACAUAAUGGCAAUAGAGCUUACACCAACUCACAAAAAUCAACUAUCCAAAUGGAUUGGUUCAUCAAAAACACACAAGUUUACUUUACUGUAUAAGAUCAGUCGUGACGGGUGUAACGCCCAGACCUUCCACAGUUAUUGUGACAACAAGGGACCAACUAUCACUGUCUUUUACAACACAAAUAAUUCGGUGUAUGGAGGAUACACAGCUGUCAGUUGGAACUCGAAUGGCGCCUAUUACACCGAUGCAAACGCAUUUCUGUUUAAACUAAAAUUCGAUGGUGCAGAACAGCCAAUGAAGUUUCCCAACAAAACCAACGGGACCAGUGCUAUAUAUGGGGCUUCCGGAUACGGACCAACCUUCGGUGGACAUGAUCUUAAUUCUUUUACUAAGAGUAUAAAUAAGUCAGGAACCCAUUUUCCUUUAAAUGGUAACACGAAUAGACUCGGUGCUACCUACGAUUUUCAGGGACAGAACUACAACUCCGUGAUGAACGGUCACCUACAGGUGCUGGAUCUGGAAGUCUACCAUGUAGAAGAGCAGCAGCUGCUUCAAAAGCCAUGGAUUCAAAAUGUCGACUGGAGUAGUCAGCUUGAGGAGGAGAUCAAGGACAAAGUGGCCACAUACAAACCUUUACCUGGACUGGACCUUCAGCAGGCGAGGAUUUUAUUGGUCGGACAGGUCGGGGCUGGGAAGUCGAGCUUCUUCAACACCAUCAACUCCAUCUUCCGGGGACAUAUCAGUGGGCAAGCUAACACUGGAAGUGCGGAACAUAGUCUUACAACAGCUUACCGGAUGUAUCAAGUCAGAGAUGGAUAUGCUGGUAAACCCUUCAACUUCCGGUUGUGCGACACGCGUGGUCUCGAAGAGGAUCAAGGUAUUGAUGACCACGAUGUUGAUUAUCUACUUGAUGGUCACGUGCCAGACAGGUACAAGUUUAACCCGUCCGUUCCUCUAUCUCCUGAUGUCAUUGGAUUUUUAAAGCACCCUACGCUGUCAGAUAAAAUCCACUGUGUUGCUUUCGUCCUAGACGUUAGUACUGUAGAUGUUAUCCCCGAGAAGGUUUUGGAGAGGAUCAAAGCCAUGCAGGUGCGGAUGAAUCAAAGAGGUGUACCCCAGGUUGUGCUCUUGACAAAAAUCGACAGAAUAUGUGAGGAAAUCUCCGAUGACGUCAGCAAAGUGUUUUUCAGUCCGGCAAUGAAAGAGAGUGUGGACAAGGUUGCUAUGGUGAUGGGUCUGCCUCGGUCAAACAUACUUCCUAUAAAGAACUACGAGUGUGAGGUAGAGCUUGAUCAGAACACCAACAUACUGUCACUUCUCAGCCUCCGACGAAUUCUACAUUUUGUGGAUGACUUCCUGUACAACAAACUGGACGAAAUCGAAGUUGACCAGUUAAAAAAGGUUAAAAUUGGCGAUUAAACCAGAAAUAACAGAA